AUGAGUUGCUUUGAUACACAACUUAGGGAGCUUAAGGACCAAUGUAACGAGAGUACGCAGAAGCUACUAAAGCUAGAGAAGACAUUGUCUGAGAAAUCCGGCUUUGAGUUGCUUGUCUGUGUACUGGGUUGUGUACUAGUCUUAAUAGGUCUGCUGGUCAUGUUUCUACCGGGAACAGCUUUGAAUGCUUGA